UCGGUCAGCUGUGUUAUUGGUGGUGACGCAUGAAAAUAGUUCUGUUGCUAGUAGAGAACAGGAUAGAGUUUAGAUAGACGCAGGGGUCUAGUCGAAAGCUUACUUGCUUGUUUAUUUAUUGACGUUUGUUACAUACGGAAGACCCGUCGCAGCUGCGUCUUUGUUUUAUCCCAGCAAUUAAAAAAAUAGCCAUGUCGGUGAAUAUGGACGAGCUCCGGCACCAAGUGAUGAUAAAUCAGUUCGUUUUGACUGCUGGCUGUGCGGCGGACCAAGCGAAACAGCUACUACAAUCGGCUCACUGGCAGUUUGAGACGGCAUUAAGCACUUUCUUCCAGGAAGCCAAUGUUCCCAGUCACCACCAUCAAAUGAUGUGUACCCCACGCAACACCCCAGCCACCCCUCCCAACUUCCCGGAUGCCAUCACCAUGUUCUCCAAGCUGCGUGCCUCGGAGAGCAUGCACAGCAGCAACAGCCCAGUCCCAGGUUCCAUGGCCUGCUCCCCGCCAGGAAACUUCAGCCCCUUCUGGGCCUCCUCGCCCCCCAGCCACCAGCCCGCCUGGCUGCCCCCCUCCUCCCCCACCGGCCACCACCUCCACUUGCAGCACCACCUCCACCAGCCCAUGUGGCCCCCAGUCUCCCAGCCCGGCCGCACACAGCAGAAAAGUGUGACUGCCAUCCACGGCCAGAGAUGAGCCUCACAAACUCCAACAGCAGACUGGCCUGCUGUGGCGAGGGAGCAAGAACCCUUUUUUAUGUUAUUAUUAUAAUAAUAAUAAUUAAUGAUGAACUGUCAAAUGAAGUUUUUUUUUUUUUUUGGUGUGUGCAUAUUCAUGUGCAGUACAAUAAUCACACUAAAACAGGGGAGAGAACCACUAAUCACAAUUGGAUACAAACGUUAUUUCUGAGGACUACUACUAGAGCACGUGGACUUAAAAGCACUGGAAAAUGUGUUGGUGUAGCAGCAAGAGUGGCACCCCUACUGGGCUGGAAUAGAUGCCGAUUUUUUUUUUUUGUUUGUUUUUUGUAUUUUUGUUCCCCUCCCCAACAUGAUAUCAACAAGAUACUCUUCAUUGAAAUUGAAAAGCGUUUCCAUUGUUCAGGAUCACAUUAAUUACAUAGAGCGUGGAUGGUACUGCUUAUUAGGUGAGAACAGUCAGCACUUUUCCUAAUCGUCUUUGCACAACUAUUCUUAACACCAGCCUCAAGAACAAGUUUUUUUUUUUACUGUACAAACCUCUAUAGCACAGCCCAGGACAGAUGUUAUUGAUUAGCGGGCAAUAAUACCUUCAAUAACAUGCUCUUUUGUUGUCCUGGUUUGGAUUGCAUUAAACAAGCAAAUGAUGGUAAUGCACUGCUUAUUUCUACAGCAAACCCUCAGCGUGUCUCCGUUCUUUUGAGAUUCUUUUUUUUAAUUGAUACCAGCAAUUUAGAAAAACUCAGUUCUUCAGUUUUUCAUUCCUAACUUCCUUCCAUCAAACUGGUGUCUGACUCCUCUCUACACCACCAGAUAGACAUGUUGGCUACAUCUCCAACUGAACUGUGCAUGGUCCCAGUAAUGAAAGAUAUAUCCAUGUUCACAUCAACAACUCCUGCCACUUCCAGACCUACCAUGUGACGACAGGUUGAGCGGGAAAAGGCAAUUAUGCCUAAACCUCAGAAUACAACAUCCUGUCUGGUAUCCUAACUUGCAGAAAAUGUCAGGGUUUAUUUACAUGAUGCAAAGAACCACCCCAAUACUGCAUUGCCUUACCGCAGGGUUCCUCGGCUCCUCUGAGCCCCCUGUCCAUGCAGUGGGAGGGUGAAGCUACACAGCACACCCAUCCUGAAGGUUGGUGUUCACCGUGGUUAGAAACACACCACAACCACACUGUGUUCUUCAGGGACUACUUUCUCACCUUCUCUUUUAUAUUGAAUCUGUACUACACACGUGUCUAUAUAUGAAAUUACAGAUUUUGAUUACUGAUUACUUGGUUGGAUAAUUGCCAGCUUUAGCAUAUAUAUAUAUAUAUAUAUAUAUAUAUAUAUAUAUAUAUAUAUAUAUAUAUAUAUAUAUAUAUAUACUUUAUUUAUUUUUAUUUUAUUUAUUUUUAUUUUAUUUGAAAUUCCUGACAAAAGCCUAUACAUUCUCCGCUCUCAAUACAUCAAACAAACUGCCCAUGGAUGACUGGUCUUAUACCAAGGUUGUCUAUAAGCUAGCUUUGUUAUAACCAUAGCAGCUGAAUGAAAACGCAGGGUCAGGGCAUCUCUCAGUAAUGUUUUACAGAGAACACUACAACAGCAUAACCUCUCGUGUGCUGCUCAGCUCUGCUUUCAGUACAAUUACAUUUAAAAAGACUAUAAAAUAAUGGCAGCAAGUGUAUGAACAUCCAUCAUAAUUUCAUAGGAAAAAUACCACCAAAAUACUUUCCUGAUGUUAAUGAAUGCACCUGGAUUUAAACAGUUUAACAAAUGAAUAAGAGGGAUUGGAAUGUAAAGCAAUGGGUAAUUGCAGUUCAUGUGGAUUUGCAGCCCUUACUUUGCACUGUUGUAAUAAUAAUAAUGCAGAACUGGCAUCUUGCAACUCACCUGCAUAGUCAAAUCGCCAGCUAGGGGCUCAGUUCAUUCACUCUCUCACACUCCUGUUAAACUGAAAGAGUUGUAGACAUAUAUGGAGCACCUUUUAAACUAUAAGGAACAAGGUUGAGCGGACAAACAGUUCAACAAACUCCUUCAGCAGAAAUGUUUGACUACCGCUCUGUUUAUCAGAGCCAUUGAGGCUUGAAACGACUGCAGAUGGAUUCACUUUGGGCACGACCUCCCCACUAGACUUCUCAAAGCUACAGUUCACCAAGAUGGGUUUCUGGGGAUUUCAGGAUUUCCCUGUUUGGAUUUGCAUGCUUUAGGGGUUUGAAUUGGGUGGUCAGUUUACAGCAUUGCCUGAAUAUAAUCCACUACCCAACCAUAAGUAUACAGGGUAUACUCUGCUAAGAAUCCAGGGCACACUGAGUGACUGACUGAUCACACUUUCACCUGUCAUCACAAAAACAAAUCCUGCAAGGGUUUUCUUCAUGCCGCACAUUUCUCUUUAGUGUUUUAGUCUGAUGCCGGUGUCCUGGGGAAUAAGUAGACUGGGUAAAAAGUGGAUCGCCGUCUCUAGAAUUUAAAGGGAAGGUUCCAUUGUUUCUAAGGUUUACGCCUACUAGUACUACGUCUGGGGAAUUAGUAGAUCGAGCCCAGAGAAUAAGUUGGAUAUAUUAACUACAAAUAAAUCAUUUUAAAUGAACUUUGUAAGUGUCAUUUAUAUAUCUGUUUGUUUAACAAACGUUAUAGCAAUUGGAGAUGUUUUUGUUACAUUAAUGUGUAAGCAGUACUGUAAGGAUAGGUAUGCGAGCAAUUAUCAAAAUUAAAGGACGAUUUUCAGUCAUGGACAAAAUUGAGCUCCAUGCUGCAAUUACUAACUUAGGCCACGAUGCACAGCAAUCACUGAUGCCCUUGUAUUAUUUAUGCGCUCUGUUCUUUCAUUUAUUUUUACAGACCGUGCUCAUUUUCCUAUUCAAACAAAAAAAUGAAAUGUGUUUACUAAUUUAGGUGUCAUGUUUGUGUGUUUUUUUUUUUGUUUUUUUUUUUUUUUAAACUAGGAUGUUAACGUUUCGUCUUUGUAAACUGUGAUAGUUUAUGCUAGGUAAUAGACCUUGCAAUACUACAAUAAUAUUGUAUGUCAUUUAGAAUAUAUUACUAAAACAUUUUAAUUCUGAUUAAAGAUUGACAACAUUUUGACAUGUAAAACUUAAUAUACAGUAAAUAAAUCUUUGUGAUAACACAUCAUCUACAUCUGAUUAACAACAACAUUUUUACAGGCAGAAAAAAGCUGACUAGCGUUUAAUACUAGGCCUAGUAUAAGUCAGACCGAAAAUAAAUAAAUAAAAAAGAAAGUGGUUUGUGAACACAUUACUAUACGAUCUGGCAAAUAAAAUGACCAGAUAGAAAAUGUUGAUUGAUAUAGUUAACCUCCCCUUUAAUCAAACCGUGCCUUCCUUUUGCCUUCCUGGGCUUGCGCGAUCCACUUCCCCGGUCUACUAAUUCCCUACAACACCGGAACUACUGCUUAGAAAGGUUGGUGUUUUGCAUUCUAGUAACUUAACAAGUAUGCUUUCCAGCAGGUGUUUGUGUUCGAUGAUUUAUUGGCUGAAAUUGAAUGGUAAUCAUGCAGAGAGAAAGAAACAAUUCCUGAAAUGAUAUGUAUGCACAGGGUGUGCUGUCCUAACCUGCAUUCAGAAUAAUACACUGAUCUUCAUCAAAGCCGUGUCAGCAAUAUGGUUUUAUUCAGGUCGAUGCUGCAGAUUGUAUUUUACAUUGUCAUUUAAAUUAUUUUUUUAUGUUUUGAUUUUUAAUCUGCCAGCAGCGGUUUGGUGAACAAAAAGGUUAGUAUGUUUUUAGCUUUUGUGCUGUGUCACCAUAAUAGGCAGUUGACACGUUAUAAGCAGCUUGUGCAACAAGUCUUAAUUGAAUGAAGCCCCUGUAGGUAGUACACUGCUGUAUAUUGCAUUACAAAUCACCAUUGUAUGCAACACACUGGGAGCACAUUGAGGUGCAUUUGAAAGCGCAGUGCUGUACACUCAUCAUUGUUCAGGCGCUAGGACUUUUCUGUGGUGUGAUUUUGUUUGUUUGUUUGUUUGUUUUGUUUGUUUUUUUUUAAUGCUGGGGAUGAAAUCACAUAGGCGUGAUAGUCCAGGAAUCAGUCAUCAAUAGUUUCCUGGAUAUCAGCUGUCCAUUCAAACCUUUGCAAUGUAUAAUGUGUACCAGUCUCAUAACAAAGUGCCUGGAGUCUAGUGAAAUUGUGCAGUUGGUUAGAUCGUGACCUGUACUGGGACUCCAAGUCAGCCGAUGCAGAGCACAAAUUACUCCUCUCUCUCUUUUUUUUUUUUUUUUUUUUUGGAGACCUACGGAAUUGUCUGUUUACAAUAACUCUGGUGUGACCUCCUGCAUUGUGGAUUUUCUGUUUUAAAGAAUACGAUAUUUUUCUACACAAACCUUGAUAUAGGAAGCUUUGCAUGUUGAUGUCUUAGGAAUUGAUUUGUGAUCUAAACAGAAAGGGAUCUUAAUACCUUUACUUAGAUAAGGUGAUGUGUGAAGGGGUCCUUCCCAGACCUGAAGGUUUCACAACUUCAUUAACGGUACAGUGAAAAUAGGUCUGCAUUAGAGCAGGGUUAUGGGCUAUUGAGAUUUGCUGCAGAUUACAUCAUUGAAAUAGACCCAUUUAUUGUUGCUUAGUUCUGUUGCCUAGUGACAGCGGAUUGUUCAUCUGUUCAAAAGGGCCCCUCUGUGACAAUAGCAAAAUGCACUCUUCAAUGUGUGCUGUAUUGGUAACAUACACCACAGUGCAGAAUGGCAUUUUGCCACCCAAGGCAUUUCUCACAAAUAGGGGCUCCAAAUGGUUUAUAUCAGUCUAGUUGGAUCAUGUUUUAUGGACUUUCAACUUUUGCCAUGGACCGCCGUACUGUAGAUAAUCUGUGCACGCCCUAGUUAGCAGCCUGACAUUUCGGUGACCUGUUCUGUUGUAUGAUAUGGUUAUGAACUGCAGGAAAAAAAACGUUUAAUCAAAUGCCGAAUUCCUUUUGUAUAUAUGUAAAAAAAAAAAAAAAAAAAAAAAGUACCAUCUUUCCUGUUUUUUUGGUUGGUUUUUUUUUUCCCCCUAUUGAAAUUUGUAUUUGUAUAUUUUUAAAAUAAAAAAGUAUUAUUUGCUACCA